UCUCAGGUUUCUUUGCGGCAAUCGACUUCGAGGGACAUAUGUCCUGGAACCCAAUCAAUAGUUCUCCUUACUACAGAAGUGUAGUCGCAACUGUUGGCCCUGAAGCUGAUGUGGAAGAUAGCAUUCAUAGACUUGAGUUUCAGAGACGGCUCAGCAUGAGUUUCUAGGGUUUCCACAAGUACCUUCUUCAUCUCAAUCUGCUCUGGCAGGAAAGAAUGAGAUCCAGCAUUUUCGCAAACAUGGAAAAGUGCAAACUCGGCAUACAGAAGAAGCCAAUCAUAUUUAACAAUGUCCAUGUCCGAAACCUCGUAGAAUCUCAUAGCAUCAUUAUCAUCAGCAUCUUCUGGUGGUUCCGACAAAAAACCAGGGAUAUGUCCUUGGUAAAACUUAUCUACAACAAAACUAUGGAAGAAGUUGAAGUCUUAUUCUUCAUGAGUCGUUAUCGAGAUCGGGUGAUGAAUACGAAGGAGAAAGAGAUGUCGCCUCGUCGUCUUCUUCUUCGAUCAAGUCUUCGACCUAUGGAGAAAAGGUGGAAUUGGAGCAAUACCCAAAAUGGUCCUCAUAUUGCUGCUGUGGAGAAAAGAUUCAUAAAAGGCUAGUAUUGAUUUGCUAUUUGAGAUGCUUUGGCUUUGUUCCUGUUCUUCAAGAAGCCUGAAGUGUGUGUGGGUGGAACAGAGCAAGUCCUUCCAUAGACCAAAUCCAAAUGUAUAAGCUUCUUCUCAGGUUUUCCCAUUGUUCUCCCUCUCUUCUUAGAACUCUAUCCAAACCGUGUGGUUUUAGGACUUGUGUGUGUUUUGAUGCAGGAUCGGCACAACCCGUUCUACUAUACCUACAAUUUCUAGUUUUAUUUUCCUAAUAUUGCAUACCCGUUCUGUGAGGGUUCAACUGCCACAAACGAAGCAAUCUACCGCAGCGUAUUUGAACGUCCCGAAGAAGAAGAUUAAACUAUUUGUGUUGCCAUCUUCUGAUGAGUGUAAAGGUGCCAAGAAUAAAAUUGAGGUGUUUGUGAACUUGACGGAUCACGUGAAGGUAUUGAGAAACAUGUUGGCUGAAAAAGUCAAAGGAGGGGUGACUUAAAUCUGCCUCAACAAGAAUACUACUUUGUGAGAGAGCAGAAAGUGAUCAUGAACGAAGAUAAGUCAUUCGAGUGGAACGGUUUUACUGGUCCAACAGAUGUAGUUUGGAUGGUUCCAUGUGGCUCUUAACUCACAGUUCUUUGGAUUCAGAAAAAAAUGUUCUUUAGACAAUUUGUGUAUGAUACAUUCAGCAACAAGAAAAGGUUAUGUGGAUUUUAUCCUAUCCGAGGUUUAAA